GCUCCCCGUGCGCCGCAUCUCCGCCCGAGCGUCCGUCAGUCCGGCCACGCUUCCAUCUGAACGUCCGUCAGUUCGGCCGCUCGUGCGUGGGUCCAGUCCGGGUCUUGCCCGCAUCCCGCCGCCCGCCAGCCAGCCGGGUUGCUAGACGCAGCGCGUUCGUUGUCUGGAGAGAUCACAGGACCCUCCUCCAAGGCUGCGCAGCAGAGCAGGUCUGAACCGCAAUGGGGUGCAAGAUGCUGGCCGGCGUCGGGCAGCAGAUGCUGCGGCGGAAGGUGGUGGACUGCAGCCACGAGCAGAGCCGUCUGUCCCGCUGCCUCAACACGUUCGACCUGGUGGCGCUGGGGGUGGGCAGCACGCUGGGGGCCGGCGUCUACGUCCUGGCCGGAGCGGUGGCGCGGGAGGACGCGGGCCCCGCCAUCGUCCUCUCCUUCCUCAUCGCCGCGCUGGCCUCGGUGCUGGCCGGCCUCUGCUACGGCGAGUUCGGCGCGCGGGUCCCCAAGACGGGCUCGGCCUACCUCUACAGCUACGUCACCGUGGGCGAGCUCUGGGCCUUCAUCACCGGCUGGAACCUCAUCCUCUCCUACAUCAUCGGUACAUCCAGCGUCGCCAGAGCCUGGAGUGCGACGUUUGACGAGCUGCUCGGCAAGCCCAUCGGGGAGUUCUCCCGGGCCCACAUGGCCCUGCAUGCGCCCGGGGUGCUGGCCGAAAACCCAGACAUCUUUGCCGUGAUCAUAAUUCUCAUCCUAACAGGACUUUUAACUCUGGGCGUGAAAGAGUCAGCCAUGGUCAACAAAAUAUUCACGUGUAUCAACGUUCUGGUCCUGGGCUUCAUAAUGGUGUCAGGAUUUGUGAAAGGAUCCAUCAAAAACUGGCAGCUCACGGAGGAGGACUUCCGGAACACCUCCGGUCAUCUCUGCCUGAACAAUGCCACGAAGGUGGGGAAGCCAGGCGUCGGUGGGUUCAUGCCCUUCGGGUUCUCUGGCGUGCUGUCAGGGGCAGCCACCUGCUUCUAUGCCUUCGUGGGCUUUGACUGCAUCGCUACCACAGGGGAGGAGGUCAAGAACCCCCAGAAGGCCAUCCCCGUGGGCAUCGUCGCCUCGCUCCUGAUCUGCUUCAUCGCCUACUUCGGGGUGUCGGCCGCCCUCACGCUUAUGAUGCCCUACUUCUGCCUGGACAAGGACAGCCCCCUGCCCGACGCCUUCAAGCACGUGGGCUGGGAUGGUGCCAAGUACGCCGUGGCUGUGGGCUCCCUCUGCGCCCUCUCCACCAGCCUUUUAGGCUCCAUGUUCCCCAUGCCUCGAGUUAUCUAUGCCAUGGCUGAAGACGGGCUGCUGUUUAAGUUUUUGGCCAAGAUCAACGACCGGACAAAAACACCAAUAAUCGCCACGUUGGCCUCGGGCGCCAUUGCCGCUGUCAUGGCCUUCCUCUUUGACCUGAAGGACUUGGUGGACCUCAUGUCCAUUGGCACGCUCCUGGCGUACUCGUUGGUGGCCGCCUGUGUGUUGGUCUUACGGUACCAGCCGGAGCAGCCCAACAUGGUGUACCAGAUGGCCCGAACCAGCGACGAGCUGGACCCCGUGGACCAGAACGAGCUGGUGAGCACCAGCGAUUCCCAGACGGGCUUUUUACCAGAAGCAGAACGGUUUUCUCUGAAAACUGUGCUGUCGCCCAAAAACACGGAGCCUUCCAAAUUCUCUGGGCUAAUUGUGAACAUCUCAACCAGCCUCAUAGCGCUGCUGAUCCUCACCUUCUGCAUAGCGGCUGUGCUCGGCAAGGCGGCCCUGGUACAGGGCCAGCUGUGGGCCGUCUUCGUGCUCAUGGGCUCCGCCUUCCUCUGCUUGGUGGUCACGGCCAUCGUCUGGCGGCAGCCUGAGAGCAAGACCAAACUCUCCUUCAAGGUGCCCUUCCUGCCCAUACUUCCCGUCCUGAGCAUCUUUGUGAACGUCUAUCUCAUGAUGCAGCUGGACCAGGGCACGUGGAUCCGGUUUGCCGUGUGGAUGCUGAUAGGCUUCUUCAUCUACUUCGGCUACGGCCUCUGGCACAGCGAGGAGGCCUCCCUGGCCGCCGACCAAGCAAGGACUCCUGACGGUAACCUGGACCAUUGCAAGUGACACCCAGCGCUGGCCCCGGAGGCGGCGGCGGCAGCCCCGAGGGACGCCCCGGAGGCCCCGGCAGCACCUCGUUCUCCCCACCCAGGACCCCCCCACACCCCCCGCGCCCACAGAGCCCUGGUGUCAUGGUCGGGGCAGGCGCAGCCUCGGCCCCCAGCUCCUGCGUCCUGCUCAGCCCAGCUCACCGGUCGCCGGGCAGCUCCGCGGCCGGGACUGCGUGGCCUCGGCCGGCCGCCGGCUCUGCAGUCGCCCCUCUGAGCAGAGAGACAGCCCCUCCGCUGGUCUGCUGGCCAGCUCUGUGCCCCUGUUGCCCAGGCCUCAGGCAGAGCGGGGCUCACCUUCCCUCGUCAUGCCACGGGUGCCCCCACAGUCCCUGCGGGGGCACUGAGAGCCUGCGCACUCCAGACACACAGCCGCCUCCCCGCCUGGCCCCCCGCGGCCGCCCCGGAUGCCCUCGGAGCCCCGCAGAGCAGGAAGUGCCCCCCCCCCCGCCGGAGCCUCGCUGCCCAAGGACAGCCGCUCCCUUAGCCAUCCCCCGCCCCAGCCGCCUCCACAGGGGUCCUGAGGACCGACCCCCUCCCCAGGCUGGGCCUCUGCUCUGACCCCAUGUGGGGACCACGUCUGGGGACGAGCGGUGGCUCCAGGGCGCAUGUGUGGGGCCCCCGCCAGUGGCGGCGGCUCCGCUGUCUGUCACCGCCGCUGAGUCCAAGGAGCUGGAACGUGACCCCUUCUCUGUAGGACCCGCUGCAGGCCUGCGGCACUUGGAACAGCGCCUCGUGGUCCUGGCACCUCGCCUCACCCGCCCGGUGGUCUCAGCCUCGCCCGGUUCUCCAGGCCGGUGUCCACGGUUCUGAGCGAGGCGCCAGCUCCCCGCUGCUCCGGGCCCCUCUGAGGCCUUGUGCAGACUGAGUCCUCGCCAGUGGCUGUGAGUCGGCCCGCUCGGUCCAGCUGGCACUCGCUGUGCACCCGGAGAACGACCGAGCGUCACCCCGAGUUUGCUCAGGGUGUGGGAUCUGCACGUGAGACACUCUGGGGCUCUGGGCUGUGCCUCGCACGUGUGCGUGUGCAUGUGCGUGUGUGUGUGUGUGUGUGUGUGCGUGUGUGUGGUCCAGAUGCUGCGGGUUUGUAAUCGGGCUGGGGACCCUGCCCUAGACCCGGGCCUUUGGGGGUCCCUGGUGUUCCCGUGCCUGGGGCCCUCCAUGUAGCCAGGGCGAGCCUCCUUCCCCGGAGAGUGUAAGUCGGGACGGGAGGGCCGUGGUGGCAGGAGGUGAGGGCAGGAAAUUUGGACACAGACCAUGUAAAUGCUGCUUUUGAAGCUCAGACCCCCGUAUCUACCCCUCUGGCCUUUGACACAAAUCUGGUGGAAAGAAGUUUGAUAAACUGCUGGCACUUGGCCUUUCUCCCUCUGCACCAGAAGGUUCUUGGAGAAAAAUGGCAAGAAUGAGUGACGCGGCCAAAUGAAUGAGUAGACGGGGGCGGGGGAGGGUCCGGCCUCGGCUUCGGGCUCUGGCCACGCUGGUCACUCACGGAGGCUUUCUUCUAAGUACCGCCUGGGAGUCUGCAGAGGGAGAGUAAGAGCCCAAAGCCUGGAUUUCCAAAGAAGGGUAUUUAAAUUUAUGUAGAUUGGUGCUGUACAAUAUUUUGGUAAAUAUUAACUUAUUUUGUUGGGGGUUUGAUUGCCUCUUGGCCAUUUGUUCUCUUGCUUUGCCUGCAGUUUUUCCGCAGAGGCAGAGCGUGUGAGGGAGGCGGGGGGCCAGCCGAGGGAGGGGAAUGGGGUUUGUGGGGGCGCCUCCCGGGUUGGUGGACUUCCUCGUCACACCUGUCCCGCUUGCCCCUGAGCAGGCGCAGACACACAGGCUCAUACCAACCACUGGAAGUGCCCGACCGUCUCCCAUCUCGGCCCCUCCCAGACUCCCCCCAAACUGGAAACAUGUGUCAGAAAUUCCCUUUUUCUGGAGACACGGCCUCUGGGGCUGCUGUGUCUCCUUCCCUCUGUGUAGCAGCCCCGUUACCCUGGUCGGUUGCAAAGACCAUUUCUGCUGAGCAAGUGCCCCCCUGCACGCUCAUGGCCUUGGGAAGACCCUCAGAGAAGCAAGCGCGGGCUGCAAGGACCUGAGCCCACGGACUCCAGGGAAGCCCCUGGGCCCUAGGCAGGGGGACGUGAGCCCCCCGAGGGGAUGGGGACCAGAACCUUCUCGCUCAGCCUCUGCACCAGUCCCACCCCACCUGCUCGCCCUGCUGCCCCGACUUUGGGCCAGAUUCGUUCUUACAGACCCAGAGGCAGCACCUUCUUUGCAGGUCGUUUGGGAGGAGCUUCCAAGUUGAUACUGUUGUCAGCACCGCUCUGGCUUCCCCACUUGGGGUUUUGUUCCUUUGUUUGAGUCUUGUCUCCAACAGGUGAUCAGCCGCCUGCUCCCGGGUGGUUUGGACACCACGCUCCCCCACCCUUUAGCCACAGGUGGUGGUGCUGAGGGGGCUACACCCCUCACCCAGAUCCCCCAGGACGCUCCCUUCUCCCCUUCAGCACACCCGUCUACACCUGGGAGGUGCGCCUGGCCCAGCAGGAGCCUUUCGUUUGCUGCAGCUUGUGGGUAGAGGUGGCGAUGGGGGCAACACAGGCUACACCGAGCCCCCCCCGCCCCCCUGCCCGGCCCCACCUGCAGGCAGGCAGACAUUGCGAGCUGACAGGUCUUGCUGCCCACCUAGGAGGGCCUCUAGCUUCACACAGGAGGCAGAGCUGUCAGUAGGGCGGGAGGCUGGGGCCGGGUGUGUGGACCCUACCCAGACUGCUGGUGAGCCCACAGGCACUUGGGGGCCCCCCCUGCUAGAGUAAACCUGCCUGGCUCCACACCAGGACCCAUCUUUCUGAAUGCCCCACUUGCCACACUAAGAGCCGAUUGUCCUCUUGGCACCCAAGAACCAUCCCCCUCCCCCAGGACAGGAGUGAGGGGUCUUCAGGCCGAGUCCCCCACCCGAGUGUUCUAGGCUGGAUGGAGACGCAUGAGUGUGGCACCUCCUCGCCUUUCAGGUGCAGGCGUGUGACGCUUGUGUGCAGAGCUGUUGCAGAGUUCACUUCAGAUGGAACAAAAUAUAUGUUGUGUAUAAUUGUGAGUGUAAUUUAAAACCUACCUGUUUGCCUUGGCAGUGAGAGCGCGUGUAAGGCUCUUAGAGCAAGAUGUACAUUUUGUCUGACUCGACUCUCGUGGACCUUUUGGGUAAUGAAACGCUUUAUUGAUCCAGUGGAGCAAGAAGCCAUGUACACUCCGUGUGUCGUCAUCGCAGUUUUGACGCCUCCUGAGUGGUUAAGGCAGAAAGUCAACUGACCUUUCUGCUGAUCGCAAUGACCCAGUCUUUCUGUGCCCUGUGCUCCCCUGAGUGGUGGUGCUCUUCCAAGGGGGGGCGUGGACUGGCCCAGGGUCUCGAGGAGCAGUUCUCAGGAGCCCCUGGACUGCCCCGAGAGCGUGUUGUGCUGCCAGCUGAACCCCGCCCCCCCCCGGGCAAUGAAAGACCUUGCCCACCUGGGGUUUCUCAGGGCUGGGGAGCAGGGCUGGGAAGAUGCAUCAGACUUUGUUAAAUUAUUAACAAGGUUAUAUGAUUUUGUGUUUCUUGAUGACAAACUUUGUUAAGUUUGGGACGUGUUUUCCCAUUUGAGAAGCUAUAAUAUGUAUUUAAAGUAAGUUUCCUGCUUAAGUUGUGCCUUUCAGCAUGGGUGGGUUUAAGGAGCACAAAGGGAGAUGAUGGUGGUGAGAGUGGGUUUAUUAUCAAACCGAAAUAGCUGUGGUUUCUCCAGAGCACUUUUCCUCUACUGAACAUGGAGCCAUUAUUAAAAGAGGUGUGCGUUUUUAUUAUGUAAAUUGUAUAAUAUUUUUUGCUUGUUUGAUGUUCUAUUUUUCUAAUAGUUUUCUUAUGGUUUCUUAUAUUUGCGCGACUAGAUUUAGAUUCUGUGCUAACUGCAAAUCAGAUUGACCCCUGCUGGUCCCCCCUGUUUUAUCCUAAGGACAAGAGUAGAUGUCCAUUGCCUCUAAGAAAUGUGAACCUCUGCUCUGUAGCCUGGUUUUGCUGGCAACACUGUACAUGGAUACCGUACUUCAUGUUGUAAAUCCAACUAUUUUGUGGUACAUCCCCUAUGCUUCCGCAGAUCUUAAUAAAUUCCGUCUCUGGCCUCCGCGAA